CCCGCCCCAAGGCGCCGUACUGACCAAUCAGGAAGCCCCGUGGCACACCAUUCACCUCUGCCCUGCUGCCGCGAGGGCGCGCGGGAAAUCCCGAGUGGACCGGAGUCGGCUGCACCGUUACGACUAUGGCCACUUCCUCGGUGUCCAAGGGUUGCUUUGUGUUUAAGCCAAACUACAAGAAGAGAAAGAUCUCUGUUCCAAUAGAGGACUAUUUUGAUACAAAGAAAAAUGCAUCCGAAGACAGUAAACUUCGAUUUGAAACUUACCAAUUGAUGUGGCAACAGAUGAAAUCUGAGACUGAGCGGCUACAAGAGGAAUUAAAUAAAAACCUGUUUGAUAGUCUAAUCGAGUUUCUGCAAAAAUCUCAUUGCGGAUUACAGAAGAGUUCAAGGGAUUGGGGUUUUCAGAUAAAACUCAGAGAAAUUCCAACUGCUGCUCUUGUGCUUGGUGUGAAUGUCACAGAUCAUGAUUCAGUAUUCCGAAGUCUAACAGAGGUCCUUCAGAAUACUGUCACACCACAUGUAGUCUCACUGCAAGCUAAAGAUUGUCCAGAUAUGAAACAUUUUUUGCAAAAAUUGAUCUCACAGUUGAUGAAUUGCUGUGUGGAUGUAAAAUCCAAUGAGGAAGGAAGUGUUCAUGUCACCCAGAAAAGGACACAUUAUUCAAUGGAUUUGCUUUUUGAUUGGUAUAAGACUGUCACACAGAAGGCGGAGCCAAAACUUCCAAGCAAGAAGAGGACUACUUGCCAAUGGCAGUCUCCCCCUGUUGUGCUCGUCUUAAAGGACAUGGAGAGCUUCACCACUAAAGUGCUCCAGGACUUCAUCACAGUCAGCAGUCAACAUCUUCACGAAUUUCCACUUAUACUCAUUUUUGGUAUUGCCACAUCUCCUGUUAUCAUUCACCGGUUGCUUCCUCAUGCAGUAUCAUCUCUUUUGUGUAUAGAACUGUUCCAGACAUUAUCUUGCAAGGAGCACCUGUCUUCAGUACUUGAUAAGGUACUUCUUACAACUCAGUUUCCCUUUAAAAUAAGUGAAAAAGUGUUGCAAGUUCUGACCAAUAUCUUUUUGUAUCAUGAUUUUUCCAUUCAAAACUUCAUAAAAGGCCUUCAGCUUUCUCUAUUAGAGCAUUUUUAUUCUCAGCCCUUGAGUGUUCUUUGCUGUGAUCUCCCAGAAGCCAAAAGAAGAAUAAAUUUUUUAUCAGCUAAUCAGUGUGAAAACAUUCUACGUCUCCCUUCAUUUCAGAGGCAUGUGGAAAAGCAAACACCAGAAAAGCAAGUUGCACUCUUGACCAAUGAGAGGUCUUUGAAGGAGGAAGCACAGUCAUUACUAGAAAACCUGCAUGCUUACCAUGUAAAUUACUUCCUGGCUUUGAAAUGCCUUCAUAACUUUACCUCUUCUCUUCCUAAGUACCCACUGGGUCGACAGAUCAGAGAGUUGUACUGUGCAUGUUUAGAAAGGAACAUAUGGCAUUCAAAGGAGUAUUCAUCAGCCUUACAGCUACUGAGGAUGUUGGCAAAAGAUGAAUUGAUGACCAUGCUUCAGAAAUGUUCCAGUGUUUUUAAGUCCUCUUCUGAAAAUCAGCUUGACAACACAGCAAAGAAAAUUGAGGAGUUCCUUGCUCAGUUUCAGAGCCUUGAUGCAGAUGUCAAGGAGGAAGAAGACAGUUCUGGGUCACAGGCAAAGGGACUUCAGAAGACAGACCUCUAUCAUCUUCAAAAGUCCCUCCUGGAAAUGAAGGAGUUAAGAAGAACAAAUAAGAAGCAAACCAGGUUUGAAGUACUCAGAGAAAAGGUUGUGGACUUCAUUGACUGUCUGGUGAGAGAUUAUCUUUUGCCUCCUGAGACACAGCCUUUGCAUGAGGUGGUUUAUUUCAGUGCUGCCAACAUCCUUCGUGAACACUUAAAUGCUGCUCCACGAAUAGCCCUCCAUACUGCACUCAACAAUCCUUACUAUUAUCUCAAGAAUGAAGCCCUGAAAAGUGAAGAAGGCUGCAUUCCCAAUAUUGCCCCAGACAUCUGCAUAGCAUAUAAGCUGCACCUGGAAUGCAGCAGGCUAAUCAACCUUGUGGACUGGUCAGAGGCUUUUGCAACAGUUGUCACAGCUGCUGAAGAUAUAGAUGCAAAGGCUGCACCUUCUGAAGAAAUGAGUGAAAUUAUCCAGUAUCCUUUUAUCAGCUCUACAUUGGUCCAGACACACAUAAAAUGUAAUAAGAAAAGCAACAAUGAAGGUUUCCCAAUACUUCAUGUCAUUUUAAUAACACCAUUUCUGUAUACAGGGUGGUUUCCUCCAACUCUUCAAUGAUCCAGAUAACCACCA